AUGGAAGCUGCUCAUCAACAUCAAGAACUCGCCGUUGCCCUUGCUGCUCUUCUUAUCCAUGAAGCUGGUAAAGAAAUUACUGCUGAACAUAUUAAUACCGUUCUUCACCAUUCUAAUAUUAAGGUUGAAGGUUUCUGGCCAAUUAUCAUGGCUAAGGCUCUUGCUAAUGCCAAUAUUGAAGAUUUAAUUAUGGACGCAGGAUCUGCUCCAGUCGCUGCAGCCCCAGCUGCCGGUGCUGCUCCAACUGCUGAAAAUGAAGCUACAGAAGAAAAGAAAGAAGAUAAAAAAGAAGAAGAAGAAGCCGAAGAAGACUUCGGAGGAUUUGGAGAUCUCUUCUAA